CCAGGGGUGGACUGACCAUUUGGAAACUCGGGCACUGCCCGAGGGCCCGGGGUCAGUAGGGGGCCCCAUGAGAUGCCCCAGGUACCUUUUUCAUAGGCUUUUUUGAGUUAGGGCAAGGACACAGGGGCCCCAUGAUCCCCUAUUGCCCGGGGCCCCAUGAGUUGUCAGUCCGCCCCUGCACUCCGCCCCUGCUCUGGUGUGUCUUAGGGCUGCAACCUGAUACAUCCACCAGUAAAGUCCAUCACUCCUUUCAGGGUGCU